AACUUUGGUUCCUUCUUUGCUGUAAACAAGAACACUUUUGCUCCUUCUUUCCCGAACUCUUUUCCAUCGCGAAUCAACUCGCAGCAGCGUUUCAGGUCGCGCAAACUGGUUCGUAAUUCGUUGUAGCGAGCAACGAAUUUCGAUAUAACUACACCUGCGCUGAAGAAGCAAUGUCUGCCAAUUUCUGGACAUCAUCUCACUACAAGCACCUUCUGGAUCAAGAAGAUGUGGAUAUGUUGAAUCCACUUGACAAAGAAAAGGGUAUCACACUUGAGGAUUUUAAGCUCAUUAAGAUGCACAUGGCCAAUUAUAUUUUGAAAUUGGCUCAGCAAGUAAAAGUGAGGCAGAGGGUUGUUGCCACUGCAGUUGCUUACAUGAGGCGUGUUUAUACCAGGAAGAGUAUGACUGAAUAUGAUCCCCGCCUGGUAGCUCCAACCUGCUUGUACCUGGCAUCAAAAGCAGAAGAAAGCACAGUUCAGGCCCGGCUUCUUGUAUUUUACAUUAAAAAAUUAUAUGCUGAUGAUAAGUAUAGAUAUGAAAUCAAGGACAUUCUUGAAAUGGAAAUGAAGAUUUUAGAAGCACUGAACUAUUACCUGGUUGUAUUCCACCCCUACCGUUCCCUAUCUCAGUUCCUUCAGGAUGCUGGUCUGAAUGAUCUAAGCAUGACUCAACUAACUUGGGGGAUUGUAAAUGACACAUACAAGAUGGACCUGAUUCUUGUACAUCCUCCACACCUAAUUGCUUUAGCUUGCAUAUAUAUUGCUAGUGCUGUCAGGGAGAAAGACACCACUGUCUGGUUUGAAGAACUUCAUGUUGAUAUGAAUGUGGUUAAAAACAUAUCAAUGGAGAUACUUGAUUUUUAUGAAAGCAAUAGAAUGUUCACUGAUGAGAGGAUGCACGCUGCUCUUCAGAAGCUAUAACUGUGAUUCCCUAAAAGUAUACUGUAGAUGAAUCAACCCUGUCCUGGGUGUUCUUAAAUCUUAAAUGAUGUUCUUGAUCCCGUUGUGAUCUGUAAAAACAAAAGAAAAGCCUAUAUCAAUGGCAUCCUCUCCGGCAGAACUCUUUCUUAAUUUACCAAAUGGCAAGGGAACAGAACAUGCGCUAUUAAGGCCCCAUUUGGAAGAGUUUAUUUAAGCUUAACUUAUAGCACAAGUGCUUAUUGAAAUGUUUGGAAGAACUUAUGUAAAUAGUUUAUGAGAUACUUAUAUGCUGCAACUUAUUUUCAUAAAUUGUUCAGAUUAAUUUAUGAAUAAGAUUAUAUACUUUAACUAUAA